AUGAUCGGCAAAAUAAAAGGCACUGUAACAAGAAUCAAGAGUGUUGCACCUAAAUGUAGUAGCAGUCACUGCGUUUUACAUCGUCAUGCUCUUGUCGCGAUGAAAAUAUCAUACGAGCUUAAGACAGUUCUCGAUCAAGCUGUACAAAUUGUGAAUUACGUCAAAUCACGUCCACUCCAGUCAAGGCUUUUUAAAAAAGUGUGCGAAGAUAUARGAAGUCAGCAUCAAUCACUUUUUCUUCACACACAAGUGAGAUGGCUCUCAAGAGGAAGAGUUUUAUUGAGGCUAUUUGAAUUGCRCAACGAGCUUAAGAUAUUUUUCACCAAACAACCCGGUUCUGCAUCUACUGACGCGUUUGUUGAUUUAUUGCAUGAUGAGGUAUGGUUAAUAAAAUUGGCUUACUUGGCCGAUAUAUUCGAUAAACUUAACGUAAUCUGCAAAGCCCUACAGGGAAAAACCACGAAUAUAUUUACAGUAAAUGACAAAAUUUCUUCACUUGAAAACAAAAUUGACUUCUGGAUUGAAUGUGUUGAUCAACAUAAUUACGAAUGUUUUAUUAUUUUAAAUGACUUUCUGAAAGAAAAUGAGUUGCAAGUAACUUCAGAUGUGGAAAAAAAUAUACAUGAGCAUUUAAUAAGCCUAAAAAAAUCCUUGAAAGAGUAUUUUCCGGAGAAGUUACAGGACAUGAACUGGUUGCAGAAUCCAUUCGCAGAUCAUACCAAACCAUCAAUGCUUACUGUGUCAGAGUAUGAGAAUUUAAUUKAUAUUAAAUGUUCAUCUUCUCUUAAACAAAAAUUUGGAGCUGAAAAUUUUGAUCUAAAUAAUUUUUGGAUUGGAYUUCAAGAUGAAUAUCCUACAAUUGUUGAGAAAGCUAUUACAAUUCUGCUUCCGUUUGUGACGACUUACCGAUGCGAGACUGGUUUUUCAGCUUACGCUUACACCAAAAACAAGUACAGAAAUAGACUUGAUGCAGCUCCAGAUCUUCGCAUUCAAUUAUCAGAUAUAAAGCCUAAUUUUAGUGAUAUUUUAAGAAAAUAUGGUAAAAAUUUAAAAAACAGUUCUAAAGAAGUAAACGUAGCUCUUGUGAUGCAACUCGAUAUGUAA